AUGACGAGUGGUUUGAUUGGUGCCGCGUUUCUUGGACAGCCGCAGCCGACGAGAGUUGAUCCUCCAUCCACUCCCUCACAAUCUCCAGUUGCAGGAGCAAGAGGACAGGUUUCAGAAUCAGCUGACGCCCGGAUUUCCUCGUUCUUUGAGGAUGAGUUGAGAGGAUAUCGACUGUUGAAGGCCGCUCGACUUUCAACCUCUGAGAGACAGAACGUCUUGACGCAGACGGCCAACAGUACUCACUAUCACCAGGUGAGGUUGGCCCUCCGGACUUUGUUUUCUGAUGAUGUGGAAGCAAGUCAACAGCAACCUCAUGAACGACGACGUACUGCCUGGAUGUUGGAAGAAGACUGGGGCCCUGAGGCCUAUGCUAUGGAAGAUGGAUAUGAGGAGCUUGACUGGCAGCAACAUGAUUGGAGUCCCGUCAGUUGGGACGAUGGAUAUGAGCCCACCUACUGGCAAGACUGGAGUGAUCAUUGGGUCGAACUCGAUUGGCAAGAUGAAGCAUGGCCUGAUGACUUCGAGCCGGACGCUACCAGUGAGGGCAAAGGAAAGAAAGGAAAAGGUUUUGGGAAGAGCUCCAAGGGCAAGGGCAAAUCUGGUGGCAAGGCAUCCUUUUUUGUAGAGCCAAUGGUUUUCACUGUGCAUUGGGAUUCCCACACCCUGCAUGGACGAGGAGCCACUCGAGCCAUCAUCGAUACUGGUGCAACUGAAAAUGCAGUGGGCAUCAACGCCCUUAGCGACUUGGUGAAUUCAGCCAGCUUUUCGUACUCUGUUUCCCGGGAGAAUUUGCCCACUUUCCGUUUUGGGAACGGGCUGACCGAUAGAGCGGUCAGUCGAGUGGACUUGGAGGGAACUUCAUUAGGCUCCAUGUCCUUUUUCGUACUGGAUGGUACUGGCGCUUCAACUCCUCCUCUCAUUGGAGCAAAGCUGCUUCGGAAGAAAAAUGUGCUCAUCUCCUACCACAAUGGCAUGUUUGUUUUUCAGCCCGAUGCAGAGCAUCAUGGUUCUGAGAAGGAGGAAGCCAGUGCAGUUCAGCUGGAAGCUCUCUCGUCAGGUCACCUGACCAUCGACCUGGCAGCAGAAGCAUCGCCAGUGACUUCGGCCAAAGAGGUCUGGACCCUGGCGACAGUUGAAAACAUUGAAAGCGCAGCAUCUUUUGAGCAGCAGCCACCACAUGAGCAGUCAGUUUUUGUGAUGUCACCAUGUUCACGUAUGAGUUCGCAAGCACAUGAAGAGUUUUUGCAGAAGAGCAUUCAUCCUGUUGGCGGCAAUCCGUAUGUUUGUGAUCCACCUUCCAUCGAGAGUCGUCUUCAGCUCUUGGCUCAACGGCUCAAAGAUCUUCGGCAGGUUCGUUCCCGUGAGCAUGGACAAGACCUCUCCAGAGAAGACUCCAUCGGCAUGUGCGGCCUUCGAACCACAUACGUGGUCAAGAAGGCAGGGCAUGGGCAGACCCGCCAAAUGGGCCCGGAUCCUCAGAUCAUCCGGCUGGCAUUGAGCUCCUUGGAGAAGAACACAAGGCCGGAGGAGAUGAGCGCCGAUGUUGUCAACGGCAAGAUCAUGGAGAUCAAGGGCACGAUGUUGCAGAUGGGCUUGAAGACUCCCAUGGCCCUCAACCUCACUCUGAAGGAGUACGAGGAUCGCCUCGAGAAGUUCGGCCGAGCCGACGGCAAGCCAGUGUCUCCGAAAAGGGAGACGGAGGCGAAGGGCGACAAGAAGACAUCUCCUCGAGAGCCAAGUCCUUCGACGACAGUGCCGGGAUCCCCAUCGGUGCUCAAGGAGGAGAUCGCUCAGAUGGCAGGCUACAAGGCCAAGAAGGAGAUGAUGGCAGCCCUGUCACGAUCAAGCCCAUCGACAGCAGCCCCAUCAGCUGGGCCGACAAUGAAUGGCGAGUAUCUCCCGGUGGUGGACAUCACGUCGGAAGACGAGUUGAUGCCGAUGAAGGACGACAAGUCCAAGGAGCCGGUAGCCUGA